AACCUGAUGGAGAAAAGGAAGGUCCAGACACAUCAGAGGAUCUUUACAGUCAUUUCAACAGAGAGCUGAGCCAGAGACAAUGACUGCCGUAGAGAUGGAAGGAAAAGGUGGCGGACAGCAGAUGAAAGACAAGACCAGUGACCUGUCCAGGCAGGUCGAUGAAGUGAAGGAGAUCAUGAAGAAAAAUUUGGAAGACCUCCUCCGCCGAGAAGAAAAUCUGGAUAACCUCAUGGAAGUGUCUGAGUAUCUGAAAAACAGGGCUUAUAAUUUCCGCCGUACAACUGAGAAAGUGUCUCGCUCCUACUGGUGGAAGAACGUCAAGCUGAUGGCAGCCGUGGUCGUGAUCGUCCUCAUCGUCAUCGUCGCCAUCGUCCUGCUGGCCGUCAGGUUCAAUUGAGAAUGACCCUGACGGCUCCUGUA